AUGGUGGCUGAGUGGUUAGCCUUCAUGCCAUACAGCUGGAAGAUCCUUUCCCGCUCGGACUGGGACCACAAGAGGGGCUCUCGAGGAUCACAGUCGUCAGGCACCACGGUGUUGGUGGACAUCGCGGUGAUGGGUGAAGCUCAUGGCCUCAUCUCAGACCUGCUGGCGGACCCCUCCCUUCCUCCAAACACCUGCACUGCUCUGAAAGCUGUCAGUAACCUCCUCACCACGCAACUCACCUUCCAACCGCUGCACCGGCCGCGCCCUGCACCCCUGCUCAACCCCAGCGAUUUCUACACCUGCUCAGACUCCGAGGAGGUUCCAGAGAAGGGGGACAAGACCUCCAUCAACAAGCGUUUGCGGAAGAGUCUGCAUCCUGGGCUUUUGAGAAGGAUCUCUUCCACGUGGACGACCACCACCUCAGCCACCGGCCUGCCCACCAUCGAGCCCGGGCCAGUCAGGAGGGACCGCAGCGCCAGCAUCAAGCCCUUCCACGAAACGCUCACAUGCAGUUGUGGUCGACCAAUCAUCAAAUUAAGUCAUGGAGAGGGUUCUAUGGACAAAGGAGACAGGAUACCUCGGCCGGGGGAGGAGGGGGCGGUGGUGUCGUCGGACUAUGAGAGCACCCACGAGGCCAACCACAGUGACAGCAGUGAUGUAGCACCCACAGAGGAGGACACGGAGGAGGGCAAAAGCACCUCUCAAAACGUCAUUCUUCACCCACUAAUGCCUCCAGAGGACAAACCGGUUCUGGCCCCUGAGCCGUUGUUAAUGGAGGAUCUGGAGCCACUGAUGAGCCAGCUAAAUAAUUGGAACUUUCACAUCUUUGAUUUGAUGGAGAGGACGAGUGGGAAGUGUGGAAGGAUCCUCAGCCAAGUCUCGUACCGACUCUUUGAAGACACGGGCCUUUUCGAGACCUUCAAGAUCCCUGUGAAAGAAUUCAUGAACUACUUCCAUGCCCUUGAGAACGGCUACAGGGACAUACCAUACCACAACAGGGUACACGCCACAGAUGUGCUGCACGCCGUCUGGUUCCUGACCACGCAGCCUGUGCCCGGUCUGCCCAGUCUCCUCAGUGACCACGGAUCUGCCAGCGACUCGGACUCGGACAGCGGCAUCACCCACAGUCACAUGGGCUUCCUGGUGUCCAAGACCUACACUGUGUCAGAGGACGGGUACGGCUGCCUGUCGGGCCUCAUCCCGGCUCUGGAGCUCAUGGCCCUGUACGUCGCCGCCGCCAUGCACGACUACGACCACCCCGGCAGGACCAACGCCUUCCUCGUGGCCACCAGCGCUCCCCAGGCAGUCCUCUACAACGAUCGCUCAGUCCUGGAGAACCACCACGCCGCCUCAGCGUGGAACCUGUUCCUGUCCCGGCCCGAGUUCAACUUCCUGCUGAACCUGGACCAUGUGGAGUUCAAACGCUUCCGCUUCCUGGUCAUCGAGGCCAUUCUCGCCACUGAUCUGAAGAAGCACUUUGACUUCCUUGCUGAGUUUAAUGCCAAGGUGGGCGAUGACCCCUCCACUGGGAUCGACUGGUCCAAUGAAAACGACCGUCUGCUGGUGUGCCAGAUGUGCAUCAAACUGGCCGACAUCAACGGGCCUCUGAAGUGUAAGGACCUGCACCUGCAGUGGACCGAGGGCAUUGUCAACGAGUUUUAUGAACAGGGUGAUGAGGAGUCCAGCCAGGGCCUUCCCGUCAGCCCCUUCAUGGACAGAGCCAAACCACAGCUGGCCAAACUGCAGGAGUCCUUCAUCACGCACAUCGUGGGGCCCCUGUGCCACUCCUACGACUCGGCCAGCCUGAUGCCGGGCCGGUGGGUGGAGCCCUGUUCUGAGGAAGACGAGCCCGACCACGAAGAGGAGGAAGAGGAGGACACUGCGGAGGAGGACACGUCCACCAGCUCAGAGAUGUCACAGAAAGCAGUGCCGAAGAAGAGGAGGAAAGCGUUCUGUCAGAUUACACACCAUCUGCUGGAAAACCAUGAGAUGUGGAAGAAAGUCAUCGCAGAAGAAACACCCAAACAAAGCCAGGGCUCAGAGUCUUUGCACUUGAACAAUGUCACCGAGCCCAUUCUGGCCAUCCACGAGGAAGAGGAGGAGCCAGGGAGCCGCGAGGAGCUGCUGGAGGGAGAGGAGCCCGAGGAGACUGUGGAUCAAUCUGAUUGGUCGACGCACGAGGAGGUGGGGGGCCACACCAGUAUGAUGCGCUACGACGACCACACCGUGUGCAAACCUCUGAUCAUCCGAGAGCAGCGCUUCUACGAGUCUCUGCCUCCAGACAUGAAGGAGUUCACCCCAGAAUACAAAGACCCUCCUGCAUCUGCAAGUAACGACUACAAAAUAAUCCAGUGGGGAAAACGAAAAAAGUCAGUCAUGAAGCCAAUAGAAAAAACUGCAGCCAACAACUGGAUGCUGGACAACCCGGUCCACUCUUCAGCCGCGAAGAGCUCCUGCCAUCCAAACCUCAAGAUGUUCCUGGCUGCCCUGUCUUUUGCCUAUUUUGCCAAAGCUCUGUCAGGCAGCUACAUGAAGAGCACCAUCACCCAGCUGGAGCGGCGCUUUGACAUCCCAAGUUAUCUGAUCGGCAUCAUCGACGGAAGCUUCGAAAUAGGGAAUUUACUGGUGAUUGCCUUUGUGAGUUAUUUUGGAGCCAAACUUCACCGACCAAAGAUCAUUGCACUGGGAUGUGUCCUCAUGUCGUUCGGGACCUUCCUGAUCGCUAUGCCUCAUUUCUUGAUUGGCAGCUACAAGAUCCACACAGCAGUCAGACCCUCGCUCAAUUCAUCCUCUGUUCUUUCCCCGUGUUCACCUGGCCCACCUGACUCAGCCAUGACAGGUUGUGAGCGCGAGUCCAGCGUCUCCAUGUGGAUCUAUGUGUUUUUGGGAAAUGUCCUUCGUGGAAUUGGAGAGACACCAGUCCAGCCGUUAGGAAUUUCUUACAUCGAUGACUACGCUCGGUCAGAGAAUGCGGCUUUAUAUAUUGGUUGUGUCCAGACAAUAUCUGUAAUAGGUCCAGUUUUCGGAUACCUCCUUGGUUCCUUAUGUGCCAAAAUCUACGUGGAUGUUGGCAAUGUGGACAUGGAAACUGUGACCAUUACCCCUGGAGAUGCCCGCUGGGUUGGGGCUUGGUGGCUGGGCUACAUCAUCACCGGAGUGGUCACCCUCAUGUCAGCUGUACCUUUCUGGUUUCUGCCCAAAUCUCUGCCGGUCCCGGUGGAAAAACACGACUCCAGCUGCAGCCCGGAGCAAACGCGCUUCAUUCAGCACUCCCCGCGCAUGCAGCACAAGUUCAGACAGGAAGAGCCGGUCAACCUGCAGCAGAUGGCCAAAGAUUUCAUCCCCACCUUAAAAAGUCUGCUCGGAAACCCCGUCUACGUCCUCUACCUGUGCGUGACGAUUAUCCAGUUUAAUUCCCUCAUCGGAAUGGUCACGUACAAACCCAAAUACAUCGAGCAGCACUACGGCCUGUCCGCGUCCAAGGCCAAUUUCCUCAUGGGCAUCAUUAACAUCCCCGCUGUGGCUCUGGGGAUGUUCUCUGGAGGGCUGCUCAUGAGGAACUGUAAGCUGGGCAUUAUGGGAGCAGCCAAGUUCGCCUUCGGCACCUCCCUGCUGGGUUACUUUCUCUCACUGUUCUUCUUUGCCAUGGGCUGUGAGAACGCCAAGGUGGCUGGUGUCACCGUUUUAUACACUGGUGCAGAAAGCUUGUCCUACCAGGAACGCUCGCUCUUCUCUGAGUGUAACUUGGGCUGCUCGUGUUCCAGGAGAGACUGGGACCCAGUCUGUGGCAGGAACGGCAUCACUUAUGUUUCUCCAUGUUUGGCUGGGUGCACCGCCUCAUCAGGCUCCGGCAAAAACACAGUGUUUGAGAGCUGCAGGUGUGUGGCUGCAGCAGGGGCCCUCCCGGAGAACCUCACAGCCUCUCUGGGACAGUGUCCGCGGGGCGACAGCUGUGAGCAGGUCUUUCCUUACUUCCUGGCGCUGUCAGUGCUCAGCUCCUUCAUCAUCUCACUGGGAGGAACGCCAGGCUUCAUGCUGCUAGUCAGAUGCAUAAAACCUGAGCUCAAAUCCUUCGCUCUUGGAAUCCACACACUGGCCACUCGGACUCUGGCGGGAAUACCUGCCCCUAUAUAUUUUGGAGCCAUAAUUGACUCGACGUGUCUGAAAUGGGGGUACAAGACGUGUGGGGGAAGAGGAGCCUGCCGUAUUUACAACACCUCUGCGUACAGGAUCGUGUACCUCAGUCUGACGUUGGGCUUACGGACCGUGUCUUUCUUCUUGUGCAUUUUGGGCUUUGGCAUUCUCAAAAGACAGAUUAAAAUGGAGGAGAAAAGCGCUCUGGCCAAUGGGAACGCAGAGCAGGAAUGUCUUAAGAAAGAGGAGAGUGGCUCAGGUCAGUGUGAACAGUUUAUUUUGGCCUUGAACUCAAACUCCGACAGAGAAACGCGAUUGUGA